UUUUUUGCCACAUCCUCUUAUUUGUUAUCUGUGCUUGUCUUCCCUUUCGACCCUGUGACAUGCUAUUUUCUUUUAAAGCAAUUGUUUGAAAUUGAGUGCAGUCAGACCUUUUGCGCUGAUAGAAUUCACAGGAGCUUUCAUUCAGAUUGAGUGCUGCCCUCCACUUCUUAUAUCACCGUUCUGACAGUUUGUGGAGCUGACAUCUGUUCAGGAACUCAGUGCAGCUGAAGUCACCCAAUUCCAUCGAGACGCUCAGAGUGGUGAAGGUUUUGUUGACCUGCAGUGAAUAUCUCCUCUCGAGGAGGAACGAUGGAGGCUGAUAUCUUUGAGUAUCACAAAGAGGAGGACACUGUGAACGUUGAGUCUUUCCAGGGGGAGAAGAGAAAGCUCAUUCAGCCAACGUCUUUGAAAGACCCCAAACUUGAAAAGCUAAAGCAGGUAUUGAUUGACUGGAUCAAUAAGACUUUAAAUCCGGAGCACAUAGUGGUUCAGAGUCUGGAGGAGGAUCUGUAUGAUGGACUGGUGUUUCAUCAUCUGCUGUCCAGGUUGGCCAGUGUGAACUUGCCCGUGGAGGAGAUAUCACUGACCAGCGUUGCUCAGAUCCGCAAACUGGAAGUGAUUUUGGCGGAGUUGGACCAGAGACUGGGACUGCGGGACAGCAGCCAGACCAAAUGGAACAUCAAACUCAUCCACAACAAAGACCUCCUGGCCACUAUUCAUCUGCUGGUUGCCAUGGUGAAGUGUUUCCAGCCUGAACUGGAUUUGCCACCGAAUGUGAAGGUUGAAGUUGUGGCAGUGGAAGUCAGCAGCAGGGGAAUCAAAUCAGAUGUACAGACAGAGGUCCUAACAGAAGAUACAAACACAGGCUCAGACUCUCUCAGCAAUACUGAAAGGGAAGAUCCCAUCGAGCAACUGCUGAAGCUUGAGGCUCACAAGGUCAACACGGUGAAGAAGGCCAUUUUACACUUUGUCAACCAGAAUAUGUCUACCAUGGGUCUGCAGGUGGCUGAUAUGGACAAACAGUUUGCUGAUGGUGUGAUUCUGCUGCUGCUGAUUGGACAGUUGGAAGGCUUCUUCGUCCCACUCUGUGACUUCAACCUGACCCCUGUCAAUCACUCUGAGAUGCUUCACAAUGUGACCUUGGCCUUAGACCUCCUGAAUGAUACGGGCCUGCAAAUGCCUGGGGUUAACCCACAAGAUAUCGUCUCUGAGGACGUCACUGCCACCUUGAAGGUCCUGUAUGCCCUCUUCAAGAAGCACAAAGGGAUAUGACAGAGGACAGACAGUUGAAGAGGAGUUCAGCAACUGGAAAUACAAACAAAGCUGAAGACAGGUGCUGUCAUUGGCCAGCUUGUGGCUUCUUCUGUCUCUAAACUGUUGCAUACACUGUACAUUUAAUUAUUUAAAGGGUGAACUUGCCUUUUUUUGGAUAUUUUGUUGAUGCUCUCAAGCUAAUUUGAAAGAAGUAGCUUUAAAGGAGCUAUUUGUAAGUUUUGCUCUUGCUACAUAACCAGAGUUAGCAUUAACAGCUGUUACUUACCUGGCUAGAAGAAACAUUGAAAGUUCAGCAUCAAACUUCAGUCCUUUACUUGCCAACAGCUGUCUCCAGUGGUGGAAAGCAAUCCCAAAUGUUAACUCUUGUCUCUGUCAUGUGUUUUCUUCUUCUCAAGUUAGAAUGCUAACUGGCCAGCCCUUUCACUUCCCAAUCUGCCCUGCAGACAUAGCGCUGCUCAGAGGUAAUAUAAGAGGAGUAUAAUAACCUCUUGUCUUGUAAACACAACGAUGGCUGAAGCUCAUGUCAAGUGACAAUAAAGACUCUUAAAUAAACCUUAUUAAAUUUGGUCUAGUUAAUAAAUUAACUAUUGUGGCAGGUUCAGUAUGUCUCUGGCUGGCAAGCAUGUUAGCGAGUAGCUCACCAACUAGCCCUGCAACUAGUCACAAUGUCACCAAGUUGUCAGCACCACCUAUUUUGUGAGGAGAGGCAGAUACAAGGCGAGGCUACCAACCAGACAAAGUGGACAAAGAGCGCCAAGUGGGCAACUGCCCCAGGCGCCCAGGGGUCUCAAGAAAAACCCCAGUUUUGUUUUGUGUCAAUAGGUUUUAUAUAAUUUGCUAAAUUGCCAAAUUUUUGCGGAAUUUUCACCAUUUAAGCACAAAAAUCAAUUGAGCAAGGCUCUGCAUUAUUGGCUGUUCUUGUGGACCGGUGCAUUUGUAGAUAAAUCUGUCUUUUGCCUUCAUGGCCCUUCAUGUUAAAAUUUUGUUGACAGUUUUAAGACAAUGUGUUUAAGUAUAUGUAUAUAUCCCCCUUUUUUUCUACGUUCACAUUCAAUCAAAAUAUAUGUGGCAUAGAUGUUAGUUUAACCCAGUGUUAUUUCCUGGUCAUUUGCUGGGAAGUCUUUUUCUCUCAUCCUGUUUCCUUUUCAGUCUGGCGCUGCUACAACACGGUGCUUUCCAUUCUUACUGUAAAAAUCCCCUGUCCUUCACUGCCAAUUCACAAUAAACAAUGUGAAUUUC